UUUGAACAUUGAAGUAGUUAUCUAGUAACUAAUAUUUCAUUUUCCGAAUUUUCGGAACUUCAAUUCAUUUUUGCCAUUCAAGACCCAUCACAAGACCCAUCACUAUCACUAAUACUACUACUACCCACACCAACGCAACUUGACGAAUACAGCCCAUUCCAAUAUCCUAGAGGUCUUCAGAGCCAUGGCAAGUAAAGGAGUGAGGGGUCUCAAUGAGGCUUUAAGAAGUCUAAGCCUCUCGUCACAAACAUGCAGAGAAGCAGCCUCGCAUCGGAUACCCACAACGACAUUCACACGGUCCAUGGCAACCGAGGCCCCGUUACCCAAGAUCACUACCUCCGUAACCACUGCCGCUUAUAAGCCAACACUGUCCGUUCCCGUAACUAUCUUUGAUUUUCCCUCCUUCGAGCCCCAGCGCCUCGAAUCCUGGUCCUCGAAGCACCUAUACCUACCAUUGCGACGAGAUAUCCUACAUUUAGCCGUAAUCUAUGAAGGAGACAACACGCGACAGGGUACAGCCUCUACCAAAACCCGGUGGGAAGUUCAUGGUUCGCAUCAGAAGUUACGGCCACAGAAGGGCUUGGGUCGUGCCCGUGUGGGCACCAAGCAAUCGCCCAUUCUACGAGGCGGUGGUAAAGUGUUCGGUCCCAAGCCCCGCGAUUUCGGCACCAAGAUCACGCGCAAGGUGUACGACUUGGCAUGGCGCACCGCCCUGAGCUACCGGUAUCGCCGUGGCGAGCUGAUCGUGUGCCAGGAUGGCAUGGAGCUCCCGUUCCCCGAGGAGUUCACGCGCUUGGUUCAAGUCGGCAAACUCCAGAAAGAGCUGCAGAAGAGCUUCAAGGCCAAGUGGGUGAAGCAGGUACUCAACACCAACGAGUGGGGGCGGGGCAACGGGCGCAGCACCUUCAUCACGACGACGACGCGAGACAACUUGUUUGGGGCACUAGAAGAGGUACCUAACUACGGACGAGCAUUGGAUAUCGAAGACGUCGAUGUCAAGGACCUCCUGGAAACCGGCCGGUUGGUGGUGGAGAGGGAGGCGCUCCAGAGUAUGAUAGAGAGUCACCAGAGCGAUCUUGUCUCGAGGGUAUUUGUCUCUAAUGCUGCUUUACCGAAAGCGCUCGAGAGCGGCAAAAUGCUGGUUGAAUAAGUGGUGCCUCAUCUAGUAUCUGGUAUAAUAUCCGGGGCCCUGUACUAUGCAGGUAGAGUGUCUACAAUUAGGCACCUGAGCUAGGUACAUAACUACACAUUCAAUCAAUGUAUAGUAUAAAACAUCCAUGAUUUAUUCAAACGGCUUCCACUUCCAUACUAGUUAAGCCCCCCUCCCCGGGAAACCGGCCUGCAUCCGAGCUCCCGAGUCCGAGCACACACAUCAUCGGGGUAACCGUGUGGGUUAUGCCGCCCGCCCGCCACGACCCAUCAGUCCCAUGCAAAAGAGAGUAACAUGACGUCGAUCUUAUAUGUACUUGGCCAGUUAACAUCCAUCCCUUUUUCUUGGAUUUUUGCCCCCAACAACAAGUAAUAGGCUGAUGGGAUUGGAUUGGCUACAUGUACUUACUGUCUGCUGUUGGUGUAGUUUAGUUUAACUAGUUUAUGAUGUAUGUCCUAUGAGGAGGAGAGGAAGAGAGCAAGAGAAAUGAAUACUGUGGAAAAGUGUGAAGUCAUUAGGUAAUAAGUGGGUGACGGGUCGAGGUUCUGACGUUAUGUUGGUUUUGUGUGAACAAUGCAUUGUGUGUACAAUACAUAUGUCUCAAUAGUUACCUACCU